GAGCCACUCCCUCCUGCAGCCUGCUCUGUCAUAGCGACAGCUCCAUCUUCUCUGCAGUGAGAGCAGCACAUAUCAGCGACUGCAGCAGCUGUGAAAAACGACAAAAUGCGUGAGUGUAUUUCCAUUCAUGUUGGUCAAGCUGGUGUCCAGAUUGGCAAUGCCUGUUGGGAACUUUACUGCCUCGAGCAUGGGAUUCAGCCGGAUGGACAGAUGCCCAGUGAUAAGACCAUUGGUGGAGGAGAUGACUCCUUCAACACUUUUUUCAGUGAGACAGGAGCUGGCAAGCAUGUUCCCAGGGCAGUGUUUGUAGAUCUGGAGCCCACUGUGAUUGAUGAGGUUCGCACUGGAACUUACCGUCAACUUUUCCACCCUGAGCAGCUGAUCACCGGAAAGGAGGAUGCAGCUAACAACUACGCUCGUGGCCAUUACACUAUUGGCAAAGAGAUCAUUGAUCUGGUUCUUGACAGGAUUCGCAAACUGGCUGACCAGUGCACUGGACUUCAGGGCUUCUUGGUGUUCCACAGCUUUGGAGGGGGAACUGGUUCUGGUUUCACCUCUUUACUGAUGGAGCGCCUUUCUGUUGAUUAUGGAAAGAAAUCCAAGCUUGAGUUCUCCAUCUAUCCAGCUCCACAGGUGUCUACUGCUGUGGUGGAGCCCUACAAUUCCAUUCUUACCACCCACACCACCCUCGAACACUCAGAUUGUGCUUUCAUGGUUGACAACGAGGCCAUCUAUGACAUCUGCCGUAGAAACCUUGAUAUUGAGCGUCCUACCUACACCAACCUUAACAGGCUCAUAGGUCAGAUUGUGUCCUCCAUUACUGCCUCCCUACGAUUUGAUGGAGCCCUGAAUGUUGACUUAACUGAGUUUCAAACCAACUUGGUGCCGUAUCCACGUAUCCAUUUUCCUUUAGCAACUUAUGCUCCUGUGAUCUCUGCUGAGAAAGCUUAUCAUGAGCAGCUCUCAGUGGCUGAGAUCACUAAUGCUUGCUUUGAGCCAGCUAAUCAGAUGGUCAAAUGUGACCCACGUCAUGGCAAGUACAUGGCUUGCUGUCUGUUGUACCGUGGUGAUGUUGUACCUAAAGAUGUAAAUGCUGCUAUUGCCACCAUAAAGACCAAGCGCACCAUUCAGUUUGUGGACUGGUGUCCAACUGGUUUCAAGGUUGGUAUCAACUACCAGCCCCCUACUGUUGUACCUGGUGGUGAUCUGGCUAAGGUUCAGCGAGCUGUGUGCAUGCUAAGCAACACCACUGCUAUUGCGGAGGCUUGGGCCAGGCUUGAUCAUAAGUUCGAUCUGAUGUACGCUAAGCGUGCCUUUGUGCACUGGUAUGUAGGUGAAGGUAUGGAGGAGGGCGAGUUCUCUGAGGCUAGAGAAGACAUGGCAGCCCUGGAGAAAGAUUAUGAGGAGGUGGGUGUAGAUUCAAUCGAAGGAGAAGGAGAAGAGGAGGGAGAGGAGUAUUAGAUGUCCUUCAUUUUAAUGUCUUCUCUAGAAUGACAGUGAAUAGCAGGUAGCCUCUAGACUGAACAAUUUAAACACAUUUGCUUAAACAAAUGGCAACUAACAUUACCUAUGUGGUGUUAGUUUGUGUGGAAUUUGCUGCUGAAUAUUAUAACGAAAUCUAAUUAUGGUAUUCUGUGUGCGUUUCUUGCUUUUAAAAACUCAAUAAAAACCUUAAAAUAAACAUUCA